CCCCCCUCACACUACCUGCCGCAGGUAAAACAGCAGACCGCGUCUCGCAAGCACGCUCAAAGGCACCUCUAAUCCACACCAUGUCGUUCAAGAGCCCUUCCAGGAGUUUCUCCAGCUCAAGUCUUUCUGGCAGCAUGGGGUCAAGGGGCAGUUGGUUCGGGGCCAUUUCCCCAGCCGCUAUAGGGAAUCUGGCAAACACACUGCGUCCGAUCGUGCAGAUCAACAGCAGCACUUUUGCCCCAGCUGAUGAUAAAGAGGCCAUGAAGGGUCUGAAUGACCGUCUGGCGGGGUAUCUGUCAAACGUACGACUCCUGGAGGACUCCAACAAUCAACUGGAGGAGCAAAUCAAAGAGGCUCUGAUGAGGAAAGGAGCUGAGAGCGGCAGAGACUGGAGCGCCUAUGAGAAGAUCGUUGCGGAUCUGAGAAACCAGAUCCAGGAAAUGACUAUGGACAAUGCCAGACAUUUCCUGCAGAUAGACAAUGCGAGGCUUGCUGCUGACGAUUUCAAAGUCAAGUUUGAGUCGGAGCAGGCCAUGCGGCAAGGGGUGGAGCAGGAUCUGGCACGACUCCGCAAGAUGCUGGACGACACUUACAUGGGUCGCAUGCAGCUAGAGAGCCAGAUCGAGUCUAUGAGAGAAGAGCUGGCUUUCCUGAAGAAGAGCCAUGAAGAGGAUGUUGCCAACCUGACAAACCAGAUCAGCGACUCCCAAGUCAAUGUGCAAAUGGAGACUAAAAACAGUGCAGACCUCAAUGAGGUCAUUAAUAACAUCCGCACGCAGUACGAGCGAGCCGUGCAGAAGAGCCGCGAGGAAACUGAAGCCUGGUUUCAAAACAAACUUGACAACAUCACAGCUGAGGUGACUCAGAACACAGAAGCUCUGCAGGCAGGAAAGACCGAGCUGAACGAGCUGCGCAGGCAGAAACAAUCUCUAGAAAUUGACCUGCAGGCUCUGCACAACAUGGUACGGUACACAGAUUACACAAAUUAUCCACUUGACAAAUCACUCAGCAUUCUACACAGUCAGCACUCUCACCUGGCAGACAUGUGCAUCGUUUAAAUGAUUAUGAGAUGU